UAAUUUUAUUGCUCUCUAAGCUGGUAGCCCUGGACUAGGUGGUAGUGGCGUCUGUCAGCUAUUUUCAGAAUUUCAGAAUCUAAGAGAAGUAGGCAGUUCUGGUUUUUGUAAUAGGCACAUGGUCUUUGAAACAUGGUACCUACGGGGGAAGAUUCACAGAAGGGUCUCCAGGGUUGAAGAACUAGAGACUUCUGGCUGAGCAAGGCAGCGGUCUCUUUAGUGGGAACUUGCGGCCUCCGAGUCCUGAUGGGGUGAAUGGGGGGGUGCGAGCAGCACGGAGACGACUGCUGUCCCGGUGAUCGUGUUCCUGCGGGCCGUCUGAAGCUGAUCCCCUCUGCAGUCCGUGUGCUUAGCUGUGACUGCACUGCCUUCCCUGCCAAGGGCUUUGGAAGCCGUGAGAACAACUGGGAACCUGGCAGCGGUGAGAAAACUGCAAAGACACAAGGAAACCGGUUUCUCUACCCAACUUGGAAACCGAGCUGUCAGUCACUGCGGAGUUAGUGCCUACCUCAUCAUGGAACAUUUCGAGUGAUCUUGACAAAGAUUCUUACCUGACCCUGGAUGAACCCAUGAAUAACAUCACCACGUCUCUGGGGCAGACGGCAGAGCUGCACUGCAGGGUCUCCGGGAACCCACCUCCCUCCAUCCGCUGGUUCAAAAACGAUGCGCCCGUGGUCCAGGAGCCCCGGAGAAUCUCCUUCCGGGCGACCAGCUACGGCUCCCGGCUGCGGAUCCGAAACCUCGACACCACCGACACCGGCUACUUCCAGUGUGUGGCCACCAAUGGCAAGAAGGUGGUUUCUACCACUGGCGUCCUGUUUGUCAAGUUCGGUCCUCCUCCCACAGCAAGUCCGGGAUCCUCGGACGAGUACGAGGAAGACGGAUUCUGCCAGCCGUACCGAGGGAUUGCUUGCGCGCGGUUUAUUGGCAACCGCACCGUCUACAUGGAGUCUCUACACAUGCAAGGGGAAAUAGAAAACCAGAUCACAGCCGCCUUCACCAUGAUCGGCACCUCCAGUCACCUGUCCGACGAGUGUUCACAGUUCGCCAUCCCCUCCCUGUGCCACUACGCCUUCCCCUACUGCGACGAAACCUCGGCUGCCCCGAAGCCCCGAGACUUGUGCCGCGACGAGUGUGAGAUUCUGGAGAACGUCCUGUGUCAGACAGAGUACAUAUUCGCGAGAUCCAACCCCAUGAUCCUCAUGCGCCUGAAGCUGCCCAACUGUGAAGACCUCCCCCAGCCGGAGAGCCCGGAAGCCGCGCACUGCAUCCGCAUCGGCAUCCCCAUGGCGGAUCCCAUCAAUAAAAAUCACAAGUGUUACAACAGCACAGGUGUGGACUACCGGGGGACUGUCAGCGUGACCAAGUCGGGGCGCCAGUGCCAGCCGUGGAACUCCCAGUACCCUCACACGCACACUUUCACUGCCCUCCGCUUCCCAGAGCUCAACGGAGGCCACUCCUACUGCCGCAACCCCGGCAACCAGAAGGAGGCGCCCUGGUGCUUCACCUUGGACGAGAACUUCAAGUCCGACCUGUGCGAUAUCCCCGCCUGCGACUCGAAAGACUCCAAGGAGAAGAAUAAAAUGGAGAUCCUGUACAUCCUGGUGCCGAGUGUGGCCAUUCCCCUGGCCAUCGCGUUCCUCUUCUUCUUCAUCUGUGUCUGUCGCAACAACCAGAAGUCGUCGUCACCGCCAGUCCAGAGGCAACCGAAACACGUCAGGGGCCAGAACGUGGAGAUGUCCAUGCUGAACGCGUAUAAGCCCAAGGCCUGGGGCGGAGCCCAGCGUCAGAGCACUUCCUCAGCAUGCAGGAGGCCUUGGGUUCCACCCCCAGCAGGAAGGGGAGAAGCAGGCCCAGACCCGAGCAAGGCGAAGGAGCUGCCGCUGUCCGCUGUGCGUUUUAUGGAGGAGUUGGGUGAGUGUGUCCUCGGGAAGAUCUACAAGGGUCACCUCUACCUCCCGGGCAUGGACCACGCCCAGCUGGUGGCCAUCAAGACCUUGAAGGACUGUAACAACCCGCAGCAGUGGACGGAAUUCCAGCAGGAAGCCUCGCUGCUGGCAGAGCUGCACCACCCGAACAUCGUGUGCCUGCUGGGCGCCGUCACCCAGGAGCAGCCCGUGUGCAUGCUCUUCGAGUACACGAACCAGGGCGACCUGCACGAGUUCCUCAUUAUGCGGUCCCCGCACUCCGACGUCGGCUGCAGCAGUGAUGAGGAUGGUACCGUGAAGUCCAGCCUGGACCACGGAGAUUUCCUGCACAUCGCUAUCCAGAUUGCCGCGGGCAUGGAAUACCUGUCUAGCCACUUCUUCGUGCACAAGGACCUCGCCGCCCGCAACAUCCUCAUCGGGGAGCAGCUGCACGUCAAGAUCUCGGACCUUGGGCUCUCCAGAGAGAUUUACUCCGCUGAUUACUACCGGGUGCAGAGUAAGUCUUUGCUGCCCAUUCGCUGGAUGCCCCCCGAGGCCAUCAUGUAUGGCAAAUUCUCUUCUGAUUCCGAUAUCUGGUCCUUCGGAGUUGUCUUGUGGGAGAUCUUCAGCUUUGGACUCCAACCCUACUAUGGGUUCAGCAACCAGGAAGUGAUCGAGAUGGUGCGCAAAGGGCAGCUCUUGCCAUGCUCGGAGGACUGCCCGCCCAGGAUGUACAGCCUCAUGACUGAGUGCUGGAAUGAGAUUCCCUCCCGGAGACCGAGAUUCAAAGAUAUCCAUGUCCGACUCCGGUCCUGGGAAGGGCUGUCCAGUCACACCAGCUCCACCACACCUUCGGGGGGAAAUGCCACCACGCAGACAACCUCCCUCAGCGCCAGCCCUGUGAGCAAUCUCAGCAACCCCCGAUUUCCCAAUUACAUGUUCCCUGGCCAGGGCAUCCCGCAGGGCCAGAUCGCUGGCUUCCUCGGCCCUCCAAUACCUCAGAACCAGCACUUCAUCCCCAUCAACGGGUACCCGAUACCUCCUGGAUACGCAGCCUUUCCGGCUGCCCACUACCAGCCAACAGGGCCCCCCAGGGUGAUCCAGCACUGCCCCCCUCCCAAGAGCCGGUCCCCCAGCAGUGCCAGCGGCUCCACCAGCACCGGCCACGUGACCAGCCUGCCCUCCUCGGGAUCCAAUCAGGAAGCCAACAUCCCUCUGCUGCCGCACAUGUCCAUCCCCAGCCAUCCCGGUGGGAUGGGCAUCACAGUUUUCGGCAACAAAUCUCAAAAACCCUAUAAAAUAGACUCCAAGCAACCGUCUCUGCUGGGAGACACCAACAUGCACGGGCACAGCGAGUCUAUGAUUUCCGCAGAACUGUAAAGGGUUCUAACUUUGUAAAUGUGGUACGCAGGACAAACUAGGAAGCCGUAGAAAAGAUUUAUAUUCAAAUGUUUUUAUUAAGGUUCUCAUUUAGCAGACAUUGCAACAAGUACCUUCUGUGAAGUCUAGCUGUGUCUUACCGAGCAGGACAGGCACUCGCCAGGAAAACGCCUCCUGGGAUCGGCGCCCCCUGGGGUGUGCGACAGGGCAUGGGGUUGCGACAUGUGGUUUCGAGUACUGGAAACCUCAGACCAGCAAAGAGGAAGACACUUGUGAGCAAGCUCAAAUCAAACAAGCAAGUCGCCGGCACUGUGUGUCUAUGCCUUGCCAUGUCUGCCCUCUCCCUGAAAUGUAUAGACCGUGGCAUUGUCUACCUGUUGUCCCUUCUUCAGGACAAAUGUUCGGGAAUGGUACUGAUCCAGUGUGGACUCUGCAUGUUGUAUGGAAGCCAAGUUCAGAAGCAAUGAGGAAACAGUAAACCAAGGUUGAAAUCUGGGGUGGAAAUGAGCCAUAGCGCAAGUGUCCCAUGCACCUGAGCCUCCUCCGUAGCGGGGCUUCUUGGGGGCUCCUUGGGGGCUCAGUGUUUGCCUCUUUGGAGACCUCCUCUGCUGAUCAUGAAGGCUUUCCCACACUGUCCCUUGUCACUAUGCGUUUACAUAAGCCCGUGAAUGACACAGGGCCCAGGACCCAAACACGGCUGGAGGGGAUGCGGAAUUGAUUGCUGAUGGACUGUUCACAUUGCUGAGCUACUCAUGAAGCAGCAAAGGAGGCGCCUUCAGGAGAAACGGUCCCUCAGCCUAGAUAGGCACCCUGGGACAGAAACAAGGGUCCCCAUGGGGGACGGAUCCACGGUGCUUCCCAGGAGCAGUAACAUUGAGAGAUAGCACCGCAGCUGCAGAUGAGAACAGAUGUGCAGCUGUGAUGACCAGCACUCGGGUGUCAGGUGGUACUGUCCACCGCCCCAGACAGCGGGGAGCCCGGCGAGGGCACCAGUCACCAGCAUCAGUCUCUCGCUUUUUUUUAUUCUAUGCUAGAAAUAUUCACAGAUUUUAUUCCGGCCCCAAGAAUCAUCACGAUUUACUCAUAGGUAGUUGGAAUCCAAAGACAGGGUACCCUAUUUUGCCAAACAUUACUGUAUUUCCACCAAAUUACACCUGGGUUCUAAUUUCAAAGGCUACCGAGAACUGAAUUCUUGAAUUCUUUAAGCCAGUAAACAAUCAAUAUGAUUCUUUUUGCCUUCUUAGAGGGAGGCAUCAAAUGUGCCUCUCCUGGCAUCUAUCCGCCACCAUCUUUGGCCAAGAAUUCUUAUGGGUUUCAAGUUCUAUAUAGAAAGGAAUUUUAUAUUUGAUUUCUCUCUUGUUAAAAAAAUAACUCCUUUAUUCUAAGAAUAGCAUCCCCUGGUCUCAUUUUUAUUUUAAAGCUGUAAGAGACAUAAAGAGACAGGAUGCAAAGUACUUCCUGGGUAUAUCUUGUGAGCAGAAUAUAAAAGAAUUAGAAAUACCUUCGUGUUUCCAUUUUUUAAGAAUACAAUCAACACCAAAAAGUCAGGGCAGUCUGUUUACCAAAAUGUGCUGCAACUUUCCCAAACCUGAGUCUUCAAACAACAAACAUGAACUUAUAGGUACUGUGAACUCGGAAGAAUUGGCUACGUUCAGAUUUACUGGGUGAUAAAUUGAGACAUAUUUUUGUGGCAUGAAUAAGCUGAUUCAGACGUUAUAUUUCUUAACUUUAGGAAAAGGAGAAUAUUUGAAUCCUUUUGUUGCUAUGCAACUGUUUAAUGAUGAAGCUUCAAACCACAAUUUUGUUUAUCAUAUGACAAUCAAUUGUUUUCCAAGAAUAUUUAUUAUUUUAAGUAAACACAAUUUCAGUGAAUCUGAGUUUUUCUAGGAGUCCCUUAAAGGGAAAUUAGCAUUCCGUGAGCCAGUAAAAUACUUCUCUGGAAAAACAUUCUCAUGGUUAAAAAAUAAAUUCAAGUUAGUUUUUUAUAAAGAACUAUAACAUUUAUUUUUAAACAGUUUGUAAUAACUAAGAUCAUUGAGGUAAGCAAACUAAAUUUCAGAACCACUUGUAAUAAUGUAUUUUCUAACAGCACUGUGAUACUGCAAGGCACAGUCCCUUUGUAUUAAAUAGUAUUUUUUUCACAGACUGAAAAAAUAUCUUUUGCUUUGUUGACAAUGUUUUGUAAGAUGACUUUAUUUUUCAGAUUCUUUUUUUUUUUUUUUGCACAAAACUAUGUUUAUGGUUUGUAUCACAGAAGUGAAAAUAUAUCUCUGCAUUUUUAUA